CUGCACACAAACCCUAGCUCAGAUUUUUAAUUUUCUCUCAUUUAUUGAGAGAACCUUUUUUAAUUUUGAGCAUUUUGAGCAAAAUAUCUCAUUUAUUGACGAUAAUGAGUCAGUUUCUCUCACAUGUGUUGCUGUGUUUACAUCAUUUUUGAUAGACUUGCGGAAAUAUUUGCGCAAAAAGUGAGAGUCAGAAGUAAUUAUUUAAUAAUAUUUGGUACCUGUUGCACUAUUCUUGAUUUGUUUAUGAUUUUUAAGAUUCUGCUGUGCAAAUAGUUUGUGGAAUUGUAUAAAAAUGAUUUGAUUCUGAGGAAAGAUAUCAAUUGAGUUAAAAGUGUCGUAUAAGGAAGAGUAAAAAGAACAAAUAAUAAUAAAAAGUGACGAAUAAAAGUAAAAGAUCCCCGAAAACUCGAAACAAACGUUGGGAUAAAUAUUGAAGAUAGCCGAAACUUUGACAACAGUGUAAUUUUAAUAACCGAAUGAUCGACAAACAGCAUAAAAACCUUAUUAUUUGACAAUUUUAAACCGUCUAAGUGCCAAAAGUUUAACAUACAUAACCUCAAAUUUAAAAAAGUGCCAAAUAACCUCAAAAGUUCGAGAGCCAGUCAUCUGCAGUUCAAAAAAUCAACUUGAACCUCAAUAUCACCACUAAAAAGUGUCAUAACCUCAAAAAUUAUCCCAAAAAACAUUAAAUAACCUCAAAAAUGUCAUCAACACAAGAAACAGUCAACAAAAGCAUCUCAGUCGACGACAUGCUAGACGAAAUUCCAGAACCACCAAUAAUCAACCACCAGCACCAAAUAAAUAAUGACAAAAUCUCAGAUUCUGAUGACUCUUUCAAAUCAAUUGAAAAUUUCGUGCCAAUCAAACUGAAAUUCAUCAAAAAGUUUGCAAAAGUGUCUGGAAAAAUAGCCAAAGAUGAUCUUGAAGAGCUUUUGCUGCUAAAAGUAACAGAGUCGAUGGUCUACAGAACCAAGUAUGCUGAAAUUCGAGUUAAACUUGACAUUUAUGAAGAUUUAAUGCAAAGACAAAGAACUCGACUUGAAUUACUUGAAAAGCAAUACGCAGACUUGCAAGUGACACAUGAAAGAAUUUUAACAGCAAUGCGAGAGAAUCCACAAGCUCCAAUUGAGCCAUUAAAGAUUGUCAGAGCUGUGAGUUGUCAAGUUUAUCAACAAUCAGCUGAAUAUGUCAACACUGAUCCAAUUGUUAUUGGAGAUUCUCCAAAGAAAAAGAGGACAAGGAGGAGAAUUAAUGAAAACCUGACUGAAAAGGGCAAAAAAGAAAGAAAUGAUAAAGUGGGAAUCGAUUCUAGUGAUGAGCAUGAAGAGAAUAAUAGAAAAGUGACAAGAUCAAGUGAAAGAAAACAGGAUAAAUCGAAAGAAAACAAGAGUUUUGAAGACAGAUCGUCAAAUAAACAGAUUAAUGAUGACAAGCUCAAUCAGACUGGAAGCUCAACUAAAAAUACAUCAAACUCUUCAGAAAAAGAACUUGAAUCCAAUAAAAAACAAACAAAGACUGCUGAUCAAAAUUCAUCAAGAUCCAAGAACAAUAAGACAACAGAUUCUCAAAAGUCAUCAAAAAGCAAUCAAAAUCCUGAAGAAAAUGAGCUUAACUCUUCAAACUUCGACAAAGUUUUAACAUUCAGUGAAAGCAAUCAAGCCCAAAUACCCAACAACCGUGGAACAAAACGAAAAGCAACAACAAUUUUGGAAAUGUUUGAAAAGAAAGCUAAGAACUCUACUGAAGAUACAAAGGAUUCAGCCAACAAUCAAAAAUCCAAGACUUCUAAGGAAAAUAAAUCUAAAAAUAGAUCAAGAUCUUCACAAGAAUCAGAUUCUGACAAUGAUGUGACCCUAAUUGAAGAUGAUGAAGACAAACCAAAGACAAAAAGACAACAAACUUUGAAAUUUUCGUCCGAACUUGACUUUGAACUGCCAAGAGCUCUUAAAAAAUUAGCAAAAGCAACGAAACUUAUUGAGUCAAGUGCAAAGACAACUGAUAACAAAUUAGAAUCAAAAACUGACAACAUAACAUCAAAAUCAAAGAAGACUGACGAGAAAUCAAUUAACAUAACCUCAAAAAUUGACAAACUAACCUCAAACAUUAGUAAAAAUACAAAGAAUGAUGACAAAACUGUAAAGCAAAGCAAUCUAACCUCAAAAUCAGGUUCAUCAUCACCUGAUUCAAACAUCAGAUCACCAGAAAGUGUCUUGUCAUCGUCACCAGAACCAGAACAUUCCAUCCCAGUUCAAAAGAGCUUCAAAGUUCCAACGACAAAACCAAAAGCUAUUCGACCUGGUCCGAAAUGUUCCAAAUUGUCAAAUCAAAUUGUUGGAACUGGAAAAUUAGAAGCUGGAGAUUCAAUACCUCAAGAAUCAAGUUCAUUGCUCGAAGUAUCUAACAAGCUUCUUAAUGGAUCAAAUCGUUUUGAAAACAACUUCAAAAAUCCACAAAAUAUGGCUAGAAACUUACAAAAUGGCGGUUCCAAUUUAUACAAGAACGUGAAUUACCCAUCAAGUGCCACAAAAAUCCCACCAAGUCCUUUUGACUCAGCGAAAAAGUCAUCAAACUUCGAUCAAUCUUUCGACUCUCUCAAUUUCUCAUCCUGUAGUUCACUAGACACAUUGAGCUCAUUCAAAUCUUCGGCUAAUUUAGUCACAUCAACGCCAUUAAAGGCAGUCGAUCAAGGUCAAGCUAAGACGGUCAAGAGAACACUGGACAUGAAUUUCAAUGAAAAUUCAUCUAGCAAAGUUCCUAAACUUCCAACUAGAGGACCACAGUUGAUUCAUCCAAGCUUAAAGCAAUCGAUUCCAGCACCGACAAUAAAAGUUGAAAAAGUCAAUAACGGAAUCAGAAUAAGUUGGAGAAUUGAUAAUUUUAAGGCAUCCGAUCACGCAGACGUUCAAAGUUAUCAGAUUUAUGCUUAUGAGGAAAUGCCUGGAAGUGCUAAAAUAAGCACUGACGAUUGGAAGCUAGUUGGUGAUGUCAAGGCAUUACUGCUUCCGAUGGCUGUAACUUUGAGGGAAUUUAAUGAAAAUCAGAAGUUCCAUUUCGCAAUCAGAGCUGUUGAUGUUCAUAAGCGACUUGGUGAGUUCAGUGAACCGAAGUCUUGGGAAUGAAUUUGAGGUUUUAAGAAUGAAUUGCUGUAAAUAAAAUAAAAUCUUGACAAUAAAAGUUUAA